AUGGAGAUGAAAAAAGACGAAGAUCCCUCUAGGGUUCAGGUAUCUAAAAGAUACCCUCCUCAAGUCAAAGAGGAGAUUCUUGCGUGGGCUCGAGAAGGGAAGAACUGGUCUCAGAGAGCAAAGGAACUGGGAAUUAGACAUCAAUCAGCCUACUAUUGGGUUGCAUCAGCUCAUAAAAAGCAAUUUCCUCAUAUAAAACCCCUGCGAAAGAAGACUGAGAAGCGAGCUACCCCCAUUCAAGUUAACUCGAAAAUUGUGAAAUUCGUUUGUGGACUAUAUGAAAGAAAUCCGAAGAUCACUCUGGUUAAAAUAUGCAAGAGAAUGCAAGAGGAAUUGGGGGUAACGGCAGCUGUUUCUACAAUUCACAAAUACCUACGUGGGAUGGUUUUUGCGCGAAGCAAGAAUCCUUGUCCAAAUUAUAAGUCACCGGAGAAUAUGGAGGAAACAAGAAAAUAUAUUUCAGCUCUCUUAAAUUAUAUAAAAGAGGGAAAGGAGAUUAUUUGGCUUGGUGGUUUGGUAUACAAUCUCCAUACAAGGAAAUCUGUAUCUCGUCUUGAAGAACUGCAUAUUCACAGCCUGGCAGCGAUUUCCUCCAGCCUGGGAUUUCUUCACGCCUCCUUCAAGCGGGGUCUUUACACUUCAGAUGAUGUUGAGGCUUGGAUUCACGAGCAUCUUCAGUCAGAACUUCUUAGCAAUGCAGUUCUAGUCUCUGAUGCAUUCGAUAAAUAUAGUUCAUCAUCAAAGCAUCCAGAUCGAUUGCGCCUGGCUCCGCUUUUCACUGAACGAUUAAAUCCUUGCGAAACCUACUGGGGUAAAGUGACGGAGGAGCUCAAGUCACGAAUCCUCUCCGGUGAUAUUCAAAUACCAUUUGGUGGAUCGACAGACGAGAAUGCACGACUUGCUUAUCUAGAGAGCCUCAUCAGUGAAUCUAUGACAACAGUUAUGAUUUCAAAUUCAAUUCGACGAGACGGAGAGGGCAUUUGUGAAAGGGCAGUUAGAGACUCACUGACUAACCUUGCUGAAGUACUUCAAUUAUUAUCGGGGCUCAAGCUCGAAGCGUCGUGA